GAUCUUUGUGUGGUUUCAGCCGGAUCCUAUUCAGCAACACACACGUUUAUGUUUCCGCGUAGUUAGUUAGCAGAUCAACCAACGGCGGCUAGAGUUAAAUAACAGCUAGCUAGGGUUAAACUACAGCUAAUACCGCUAAAAAGUUAGGUUAAAUAACGUUUUAGAUGCUGAGAGUUCCCGUUUCCUUCACCAGAUAGCUGUUUAGCUAACACGUGGUGUUUAUAUCGGCUCUGAUAGGCAGGGAAUUACUUCCUGUUUGGACUUUAUGGUAGCAUGGCUGCUAGCGGGGAAACGGCUAACAUGCCAUCGGAACAAGAACAGCAUGAAGUCCGAAAUAUAACCCAGGAGGAGGAGGAGGACCUGGAGCUAGCGUUAGCAAACAUGACCGUGGAAGAGCUCCUGCAGAGGAUUCAGGCUGUGCAGACGGACAGUAUGACCGAAGACCGCGGCGCGAACACGGAUGCAGACUGGGAAAGUCAGGUGGCGGCCAUGUUGGAGUACAGCUGCAGCCUGACGGCGCAGUACGACAGUCUGAGGAAGACACAGGAAGAGGAGGGGCUGGCACACGAGAAACACAAACAACAAGUGCAGAAAAGAAAGGAGGAGGCCACCCGCCAGCACCAGGCUCUUCUGGACAAACUGGAGUCUCUGCGAGUCAAACUGCAGCUCAACAACUCUAAAGCCACUAGGAAGAACUUCUUAGCCAAGAAACAGGAAAUGAUGUCAGAGAAGAACAGAGCAGAGGAGGAGAGGAACAGGCUGUCCAAGGAGCUGGAGGAAAGCGAGCGAAAGCUAACGGCUCUCACGGAGGAGCAGAGCGAAGAGCAGCGGCGGUGGCAGGAGGAGCUGGACGAGCUGAGGCAGGACAUGGAGCGAGUGCGGAAGGAGGCGCAGCAGGCCGAGCUGCUGGCCUUACAAGACGAGAUCGCUGCCGUGGAGAGGCAGAGGGACGUCGCCAUGGCUCGCAUCGAGGCCUGGCUGAGAGAGGUGGGUCAGUACCUGAACACGCUCAGGGCGGAGUUCCCGCAGCAGUACCCUCAAGAGAGACAGAAGUGGGAGAAGAAUGAAGCUGUGGUCCGGAAGAACCAGGCCGAGCUCCAGAGCCGCUUCCAGGAGGUUCUGCAGCAGCUCCAGCAGGGUCGAGAGUUAGAGUCCCUCCCCAGGAUCAACGUGCCGUCUCUGCCGCAGAUCCCCAUAGCUGAUCUCAGAUUCAACCAGGUGAUGCAGUCACUGGCCCGUCCCCAGUUCAUGCCCCCACCUCUUCCAAUCCCAGUAAACCGACACCCCCACUAUUACCAGUAUCAGCCCCCUCACCAUCCCCAGUACCGUCACCGCUACCACCACCCGCCGCACCAGCACCAGCACCAGUUCCAACCCCCUUUCCCACCCCAGCACCAGCCUCUCCACCUGCCUCCGCCUCAUUUCCAGCCCCACAUCAGACCUCCAAUAAGAGUGACUCCCCCUCCCAAUCUCUCCCCGUCCCCUCCUGUAGUUCCCUCCCCGCCUCCCGCCACUGCCUCUGCCAAUUCUGCCCCCUCCGGCAAACUUGACAAAGUCCUGGAGAAGCUCGGGACUCGGUUCCCACAAUGCAACAAGGCUCAGCUGACGUUGCUGCUCCAGCAGGUAAAGAGCUCCCGCGGCACGCUGGCUGGCAUGUCCAUGGAAGAAGUCAUCGAGCAGGUCGGCUUUAAGCUGGCCCAGAACGAGAGGUCGGCCCCGGGGCCCAUCAGCCGGCCCACGCACCCUGGCCCCAUCCAGAGGCCGACACCUCCCGCGCAGAGGGCAGCGGCGGCAGGUGGAGGUCAGGCUGUUGGAGCCCGUAAACUCUGCCUGAUGUGUCAGAACCACGUGGAUCCAGACACCCGCCAUCCACUGAGCUGCUCCCACACCAUCCACAAAGACUGCAUCAGAGUCUGGCUGCAGUCCAGCAAGAACAACUCCUGCCCCUUCUGCCCGGGAAAGUGACGCAGGAAACUCAACUAGACUCGAAUCUCGAAAACUCGAAAUCACUUUGAUGUUCAAAAGAUGUGGUUAUUCAUCAUUGUUUUUUGUUUUGUUUUAAAAUACAAUCUACAGUAAAGAUAAUUAAAGAAUACAUAUGAUUUGUCCUGCCAGCAA